AUGGCCACAGUCAAGACGUCAGCUGGAGAGCUGAAGUGGCACAUGGACCAUCGUCCACAAAAGAGCACGGCACCCGCACCACUGAACGUCAGGAUCACUUUGUUGAUCCUCCUCUGCUUCUUCAUAAUCCACGUACCAAGCACCAGCAGUCCAGACGUCUUAGAAAUGCUCCUGAAGCUUUGCGAACUGAAGCACCAGUCGAGGCUGGAUGCUGUCACGUGCAUUGGAGCGAAGACAAAAUCGAAACGUCCGCCGCAGUUUCCGAGCAACCUGGCCAUGUGCGCCCACAACUCGUUCAAGGGCGAGCUGCAGCUGAAGGACUUCGGGCUUGGCACCCUGUGUUUCUCCGCGAGCGUUCGAGGCUUCGAGGUCGGUUCGGUGAGUCGGCCGCCUCGUUAAUCGCUCUA